UCAUGUUCUUUAUUUGCCAGAGGAAACCAGAGUGCUCCAAUGGCUGAAGAAAAGCCCAAGUAUAACUGCACUGUCAGUGAAGUCACGAUUGUGAACCUGCAGCCUGAGAAAAAUUCAGUUCUCCUCCUGGCGGGAGGGAAGCCAGGAAGUGAUCAUAGAAACCUUGGUUUCCAGCCUCCACCUCCAAGGAUUUCAGAGAAAAAAUUGUGUCCAGAAAAGGUGAAAAAGGAGGGAGUUUUGUCUCCCAGCCUGCAACGUGCAAAUGAGUUGUGUAGCACAGAGAACAUUGCCCUGAAGAGACCAGUGAAGUUGGCCCCUCUGGAGAUCCCUGUGGAAGUAAAAGAAGCCCAGCUCCAAAAGAUUAUGAGCAUGCAGAGAGAAGCCCAAAUGGCUGCCCAGAAGCUGAUGGUGAUCAACUCCAUGCACAAUGAACCCCAUGUGAAACGGGUAAAGAAUCUGGCUCAGGGGGAGCUGGGAAACCUCCAAAAGAUAAAGCUGAAUGAGAAGGCUGAUCUGGAGAACAAAGAUGAUCCCCUACCCCCUAAAAGCAGCAAACCCCUUGGAGAAAUCCAAAUUAUUUUGCCUUCAGAGACAACCUCUAAGUCGACUAAACAGGCAGGUGCUGAGGAGGCUCCCAAGACACUCUGUAAACCAUUAAUUCCCACUCUCCAGGUGUCUGACAUGCAUGGAGAGUCCAACAGCCCUGACAGCAUCCCUGACCCCUGCCAAAAUGUUUCUCGGCGCCGAUUCAGGUUAAGACACACAAAAGAGCAGCAGGAAGACACUGGGAAAGCCAAACCCUUAAAGGCCACGGAUCCAAGUGUGGGAGAAGGCACGAAGAAAACUGCAGGUCAGCGGACACAAAAAACCCUCAGUGAUGCCAGCAAGCUCAUUGAAAAUGUGUCUAAAAAGCAGAAGGAACGAGGAGCAAAGCAAAGGGAAAUGGAUGAAGCCUCUCUUGUGAGGAGGCAGUCUAUUCGAAGGAUGGCUUUGGGAGACAUCAUCCAGGUAGAUGAUGACUGAAUGUCACAGCACAGAUACCCAGGAAGACGUUUUAGACCGAGUGCUUAGAUAGAAGUCUUCAGAAGAGGGCGUGGAGACAUUAGUAAUCUACCAAAUAAAAAUAAGGUGAUACUGGUGAACAACUCUGUCAUUUCUGAGAUGCUCGAACAAGUGGCUCAGAGAAAAUAAUCUUCUACCCUGCUCAACACUAGAAGGGCCUCAGAUAUCCUGAGCCCAGCACGGAGUAUAACUUUUCAAGGCACAUGGACCAUGCAGAAAAAAUCCAGAUGUGGACUGGGUGGAGGGAUCAAGAGGAAAACAGGAACCUAGAAAAUACUGUGUCUGGGGCUUUUUGUUCCUGAGAAUACUGGCCUUUCAUUCACAGCUGUGGCAAGUUUGUUUCAGAAAGACAAGAAUAAAAUGUUCUUCAUAUUACUGUUGGCAGAACAAAAAACAAUUAGUGUAAGUUUAGGAAGAGACAUUCAAGUCAGAAAAGGAGAAAAACUUUUAAGGACAACAAACACUGAAGAAUAUUGUUUACCAAGAUGGGAAUCUCUGUCACUGAAAUUUUUAAUAAUGCAUUAGGCAAACACCUGCCAAGGAUGUUUUCAGAUGAAUUAAUCCUUCAUUCACACACAAGGACUGGAUGAUCUGUAAUGCCCUUCAAUCUCAAUAUUCUUAUAUCAUAUGAGCUAU